GUUGCGGCUCCAAGCUCUCCAGCUUUCUAGCGACCUCCAACCUCCGUCUCCAAUCUUUACUAAGCUGUGUGACAUCUGACCAUACGACCGCUCGCAGUACUCAAAUAGACUACACUGAUAAAAUAAGUCAAGAACAUGGCUGCAGAACCACCUACCAAUCCGGCGCCCUCGACGCUUCCAAAUCUGAAGGACAAGAUCCCGAAGCUGGAGCCGAGACGCCGGCGCGCUCCACCGUCCAGCCCGGUCCCUAUCCCAGAGACCCCGACCUUGCCGUCACGUCCCGACGCGUCGUCACUGUCCUACCAGGUCCCCUCUAGAAGAAUCUUGUCUACUAAGGACCACGAGCUGUUUCUCUCGUCGCCCACAUAUGACCUCAUCCUGGCCUUCAUCUUCGGCCUCUCAGAUUCCGUCGUGGACACCCCAAUCUCUGCCAUCAGAGAUGCGGAUUUAAGCGCUCCUGUCAACUCGAUCCUUUCCAUACUGGACGAGGCAGAGGUGCUUGUGCAAGACACGCCGCCGAAUGACUCGGGAGGCUCCCGCUUUGGCAACAAGCUAUUCCAGACCUUCCUGGACAAAGCCAAAAAUGCGAGCGCUUUGUGGCAUCAAAAGCUGGGUAUCACAUCACCCGAGGCGGUUUCCGAGGUGCAAGCAUAUCUGAUGCAAUGUUUUGGCAACCGUACAAGAAUAGACUACGGUUCGGGCCAUGAGCUCAACUUCAUGAUAUGGCUUCUAUGCUUGUAUCAACUGCAGAUUUUGAAGACGUCAGACUUCAAGGUUCUGAUUUUGAAGGUCUUUGUCCGGUACUUGGAACUGAUGCGCACUAUUCAGUCGACCUAUUACCUUGAACCAGCUGGCUCACAUGGUGUUUGGGGACUGGAUGAUUAUCAGUUUUUGCCGUUUCUAUUUGGGGCCAGCCAGCUUCUGCACCAUCCUUUCAUCACACCGCGGGCGAUCCACCACGACCUCACAAUCGAGGAGUUUGGCCACGACUUUUUGUAUCUGGGUCAGGUGAGCUUCGUCAACAGCACCAAGACGGUCAAGGGGUUGCGGUGGCACAGUCCCAUGCUGGAUGACAUCUCGUCCGCCAAAAGUUGGAACAAAAUUGAGGGCGGGAUGAAGAAGAUGUUUGUGGCUGAGGUCUUGCGCAAGUUGCCAGUCAUGCAACAUUUUUUGUUUGGCUCUUUGGUCCCCGCGGUAGAGAGUAUGAGCACGGAGGCUGAACUGGGGGUGGCCAGCGAGGAAGACGAGACGAAGGGUGGUGCCGUCUUAGUGGAAGAAAAUGGCGUCAAACAUAUGCACCAACUCAACAGCUGGGGCGACUGCUGUGGCAUCAAGGUCCCUAGCAGUCUUGCUGCAGCCCAGGAGAUGAAGAAGCGAGGUGGAGGAGAGAGUCUGCGUAGAAUACCCUUCGACUAAGCAUCGACCAAGUAUCAAUACGCCUUGACUUGCCAAUAAUGCUGGAUCUUUGUAUAACACAGGAGACAAGAGUAACUUAUCCGCUGAACUAAUGCAAGUUUAACGGACAUGCGAUUUACGACUAUAGAUCAUUCGGGAUACGGAACUUGAACAGUCGCUAUCACUCAUUUGGGAGUUCUUCUACUCAGACGCAAAUGCGUAGUCACAGCUCUGAGUACCGGUCACAAUGUACAUAGGACUGAUUGAUGAAAUAUUUGAUACUAGGAGAAGCCUCCAUAAUACCCAGAGGGGAGAAGUUGUAAGAGGGCUCAGUCCAACUACGGCCAAGGGUCUAGGGAACUUUAAUCAAAUCAAAUCAUACUUUCGCUUCAAAUUUCGAUAUACCCCAAAGGGCGACAUAUGAAAAUAAUAUUAAAUACGCCGUAGGUGUUAACCCUCGGUACCUCUACAAGUACU